CGGACUCCUGGAAUAAAAGCAGAAUGAGGUCAAGAGAAGGGAAGCAAAGGGUCCAAACCGCUCUCUGCUCUCCACCGGGAGGCGGACUUUGCAUAUAGCCCUAAAGAGUGAGAUAACCGUCCCUUCCCCACUCCCCCAACUCGCCCCGGGUGACAAGCGCUUCAGGAAAGCUCCUGUGACCAAUCCUCCUUGCCCCGUGGCAGUUCGGAGCUGCAGAAGUUAGAAGACAGUUAGAGCCCUCCGGAGCGGCUGCCUGGCCCCUACGCAGAGUAGCAAGACUCACUGCGAUGUGCGUUACUAAGCCCACGCGGCCGCAGCAAACACUUUGGCGUGGCUGGGGCGGGGCUCGGGCCCGGCCACGCCUCCUCAUUCCUAAUUCCCCUCCACUCCCCGCUCCCAUUGGUCAUGAGGAUGACCAAUGAGCGCUCGGAUCGAGGUCCUACCCCGGGCCUGACUCGAAAGCUCCUGCCAAAACUUUGGGAGUUUUUAGAGACGAGUUUUUUUUUAUUUUUUUUUUCCUAUUACUUUUUUUUCCCCCUAACUAACGGAUUAUUAUUGUUGUUGUUUUAAAUUUAGCUCUUAGGGCUUAGCUGUUUGGGUUUUCUUGCGGUGUCCGGCUCCCGUCUCCCUGGCUCCCCUGCCCGCCCCGCGGCCCCAGCGCCCCUCAUUCGCCUCCAGCCGGCGAGGAGUGCGGGCGCCGCGCCGCCUUUAAAGCGAGGCCAGGGAGCGAGGCGGUGACCGGCCGAGAUCCGGCCCUCGCCUCCUCCCUCGGUGGCGCUAGGGCUCCCGGCCUCUCUUCUUCAGUGCGGGCGGAGAAGCGAAAGCGGAUCGUCCUCGGCUGCGGCCGCCCUCUCCGGGACUCGCGUGCCGCUCCCCGCGCGUCCACCCACCCGGUCCGGCUGGACUGCGGCAGCCGCGCGGCUCACCCCGGCAGGAUGUUCGCAGCCGGGCUGGCUCCCUUCUAUGCCUCCAACUUCAGCCUCUGGUCGGCCGCUUACUGCUCCUCGACCGGCCCAGGCGGCUGCUCCUUCCCCUUGGACCCCGCCGCCGUCAAGAAGCCCUCCUUCUGCAUCGCAGACAUUCUGCAUGCCGGCGUGGGGGACUUGGGGGCGGCCCCGGAGGGCCUGGCAGGGGCCUCGGCCGCCGCCCUCACCGCGCACUUGGGCUCGGUUCACCCGCACGCCUCUUUCCAAGCGGCGGCCAGAUCCCCGCUUCGACCCACCCCAGUGGUGGCGCCCUCCGAAGUCCAGGCUGGCUUCCCGCAGCGGCUGUCUCCUCUCUCAGCCGCCUACCACCACCAUCACCCGCAGCAACAACAACAUCAACAGCAACAGCCGCAGCAGCAACAGCCGCCGCAGCAACAGCCUCCGCCUCCGCCUCGGGCUGGCGCCCUACAGCCCCCAGCCUCUGGGACGCGAGUGGUUCCGAACCCCCACCACAGUGGCUCGGCCCCGGCCCCCUCCAGCAAAGACCUCAAAUUUGGAAUUGACCGCAUUUUAUCUGCAGAAUUUGACCCAAAAGUCAAAGAAGGCAACACGCUGAGAGAUCUCACGUCCCUGCUAACCGGUGGGCGGCCCGCGGGGGUGCACCUCUCAGGCCUACAGCCCUCCGCCGGCCAGUUCUUCGCAUCUCUAGAUCCCAUUAACGAGGCUUCUGCCAUCCUGAGUCCCUUAAGCUCAAACCCAAGAAAUUCAGUUCAGCAUCAGUUUCAAGACACGUUUCCAGGUCCCUACGCUGUGCUCACGAAGGACACCAUGCCGCAGACGUACAAAAGGAAGCGCUCAUGGUCUCGCGCUGUGUUCUCCAACCUGCAGAGGAAAGGCCUGGAGAAAAGGUUUGAGAUUCAGAAGUACGUGACCAAGCCGGACCGAAAGCAGCUGGCGGCGAUGCUGGGCCUCACGGACGCACAGGUGAAGGUGUGGUUCCAGAACCGGCGGAUGAAGUGGCGGCACUCCAAGGAGGCCCAGGCCCAAAAAGACAAGGACAAGGAGGCUGGCGAGAAACCAUCAGGUGGAGGCCCGGCUGCGGAUGGCGAGCAGGACGAGAGGAGCCCCAGCCGCUCCGAAGGCGAGGCUGAGAGCGAGAGCAGCGACUCCGAGUCACUGGACAUGGCCCCCAGCGACACGGAGCGGACUGAGGGGACUGAGCGUUCUCUGCACCAAACAACAGUUAUUAAGGCCCCGGUCACUGGCGCUCUCAUCAGCGCCAGCAGUGCUGGGAGUGGUGGGAGCAGCGGCGGCGGCGGCAGUAGUUUCAGCUUCAGCAGCGCCAGCAGUCUUAGUAGCAGCAGCACCAGUGCGGGUUGCGCCAGCAGCCUCGGCGGCGGCGGCGCCUCGGAGCUUCUCCCUGUGCCACAGCCCACAGCCAGCAGCGCUCCCAAAAGCCCCGAGCCACCCAAAGGCGCGCUUGGCGGCGUAUAGACUGUACGAGGGCGGAGGGGAUCCGGGCCUUGCGUGCAGCCUCCCAGCCAUGGCCUGGGUUUUGUGCUUACUGUAUGUUGGCGACUUGGCAGGACAGGAGACGCAGCGUGGAGCCUACCUCCCGACAUUCACGCUUCGGCCAACGCUGCUCCGGCUGGCUGCAGCGGACACUGCCCAGAGCAGAGGGGAGUCUCAGUGUCCUGCUAACCAGCCAAACACUUCUCUCCGGAAGCAAGCUGGUUCGACUGUGAAGUGUUUGACUAAACUGUUUCUCUGACUCACCCCAGGGGUCGUAGCCCAAAGGCAUUUAGGACGCCUUAAAUUUGUAAAUAAAAUGUUUACUACGGUUUGUAAA